AUGCUCCCCAGAGCCGCGUGGGAACGUGACCUGCGGUACACAUUUAACACCAUUUUCAAACCAUCCACUAGAGGAUAUAACUAUCCCCAAUGGUCAUCUGUGUUCCUCUCCCUUGCCGAUCCAUACGCUUCCAGCGCCCAUAAAAAUGCAAUGGAACAUUUAAAGAAUCAUCCACGCUUCUUGUUGCGGAUUUGGGAGGGCUUUUUUAGAAAUUACAGCAAGCGAAAUGACGUUACACUUUCAGCAAGUGCAAAAACGCUCGGCAAAAAGACUGUUCACAAGUUGGUUUCGCUCGAGCCUUUCGUUGUCAAUGAUUGGAGUGAUGUCCCUGGCGACGUCCAAGAAAUUCGACGCUUUUACCAGGAAAACCUGCAUAAGCGCAAUCAAGAAUUUGCUGGCUUGAACGCCGAUGCGAUCGACGAGAAAAUUGGAACCACAUUGACGGCAAAUCUAGUCCGUUAUUCCGCUUGGCUUCUUCAAAAAGCACACGAUUUUGAAGCAAAACAAUGGACUCUUCUUCCAAUUGCAUUACAUCAAGUUGCGUAUGUUCGAAUCGUGGGCCAGGGUUUUUUCCAUUUCUUGAAUGAAGCCUGGAUGGCAGGCCACGACGUACCUCCCAUGUUAAAGCAAUUUGAAACGUGGACGCUUCGACAUUGAACCAAAGGAGUAUUUCAUCGCCAGGACCAUUCUCGAAAAAUCGUA